AUGAAAUGCCUCGAAAAGAAUCCUGAUAUCACUUUGGUCGAACUCGACGUAACGUCGCCUCCCUCAAUCCAAGCAGCCUACGAAAAAGUCUCUGCGGCCACGGGAGAUAUUCAGCUAAGUCGUUAUACUCACUGCUUUUGCACCACAACUCGCAUCACCAUUUGUCCCGAACUUAUCAAUAAAUAUCAACUCUUCUCACACCAGCAAACCAAAGAUGUCGGAGAAAAAGAAGCAAAGGACUGCCAAUACAGACAAGAUGCUAGAGCUUCACUCGAAGAUCCAUGCGCCAAUGCGAGAUGUCUAUUUGCUCUCGGUACGAAGCGAACGGAUUGGGAAAUAGGGGACAAGGACAUGAAUGAGAUCUUGACUGCAAGGAGGAAUACUGUAGAGCGGAACAAUGCGUCUAUAGCCAGUAUGAAAAGUUUAGGGGAUGAUGUCAGGUUGAGAUGGAGGAGGAAUCAAUGGACGUGA